GGCUCAAAGGCGCCGGCAAAAAACCCUGAUUCACUUAGUUCUCUCAGUGUCUUCGUCGUUAGCUAGCUGGAGAAUUUUGAGCGGCUGCUACUUCGAUUUCGAGUCCUUUUGAGCUAUUGAAGAAUGGUGAGGAUCAGCGUGCUGAACGAUGCUCUUAAGAGUAUGUUCAACGCGGAGAAGAGAGGGAAGAGGCAGGUUAUGAUCAGGCCUUCUUCCAAGGUCAUCAUCAAGUUUCUCAUCGUCAUGCAGAAACACGGUUACAUUGGUGAAUUCGAGUACGUUGAUGACCACAGGUCUGGUAAGAUUGUGGUGGAGCUUAAUGGAAGACUGAACAAAUGUGGUGUCAUCAGUCCUCGUUUCGACGUUGGUGUUAAGGAGAUUGAAAGCUGGACCGCUCGUCUUCUUCCUUCCAGACAGUUUGGUUACAUUGUUCUUACCACCUCCGCUGGUAUCAUGGACCACGAAGAAGCAAGGAGGAAGAAUGUUGGUGGCAAGGUUCUUGGAUUCUUUUACUGAAUAGCCAUAUCUUUGUCCUGGUUAUACUUUGCUUCUUCUCCUUUUGGUGAGAUGAGGAAUUCGAUUGAGCCCAGAGUCAAGAGAGGGUAGUAAGAGUUUUUGAUGCGUUCGUUUUCUUAGAUAAUCGUUUUGUUUGUUUCGCGCAAAUGUAGACAGUAAUGUGCUUAUUUUGAGUCAUUUUAUCUUUCCUUUGCUAGACACUUGUACCCUCUUGUUUCGAUGGUUAAAGCAUCAUAAUCAAUUUUCUAAA